UUUAAAUAGUAGAUACGGCAAGUCGUUUUCGUGAUAUGCAUUGUGAUUAAAAUAUUUAUUUAUAAGAAAUAAAUUUUAUAAAAUGGUGAAGAAAAAAGUUCAAAAGAAACCACCUAGUUCUGUUGCUGAUCAAAAAGUAGUUGAAGGAACAAAUAAAGGUGGUUCUAAGAAUGUCUGUUUAUUAGUAACAUCUGUAAUAGUUCUGCUGGUUGGUCUGGCUUGCUUCCAAGUUUAUGUCAACGUGAUCGCAGUCCCAGAUUUACCAGCUAUAGAUUUCAAUGAAUGGUGGGGUCCCAACACGACCAAAUCAAAAGAUACUUCUAUAAGACCAUUUAGAGUUUUAUACAUUGAUUCUAUGCAAGAAGGUCUUCGUCGACUAUUCGACAGUUUCCGUAGACGUCCAAAGUUGAAAAGUUUAACCGAAAAUUCGAGCUAUGGCGUCCAUUCCGAUGCUUUUGGACAAUUCUUCGCGCAAUGGCAGUUUAAAUAUCCUUAUAGAGAUCGCGUGAGAUAUCUUAAUAAGUACGAACAUUUCAAAACUUAUAUACAAGGAUUGGAUAUGCAUUUUGUGCAUGUGAAGCCUAAAGUUGAUGGAAAUACAAAGGUCUUUCCAAUUCUACUUAUUCAUGGAUGGCCAAGUACUUUCAAGGACUUUUACGAUGUGAUACCAAUUUUGACCACACCGAGACCGGGAUAUGAUUUUGUCUUUGAAGUCAUCGUUCCUAGUUUGCCUGGAUAUAUUUAUUCCCAGGCCACUCAAAAACGUGGAUUGGCACCGACUCAAAUAGCUGUCAUUCUGCGGAACCUGAUGAAGAAGAUCGGUCAUGAGAAGUUCUUUAUUCAAGGUGGUGAUCUUGGUCAUAUUAUCGGAUCCCACAUGGCAACAUUAUUCCCUGACCAAGUGCUAGGCUUCCACACGAAUACGCCAAUUAAUCCUUCCAAGUUGGCUAAUUUGAUUUGGCUAGUUGGAUCCAUUUGUCCAACAUUGGUUGCUGGCGACCAUGCGGAUAAAAUGUAUCCGAUGAGUGAAAAAUUGAGUUAUUAUUUAGAAGAAUCAGGUUAUAUGCACUUACAGGGCACCAAGCCUGAUACUAUAGGAUACGUUUUACAAGAUUCUCCUGUUGGAUUAGCAGCGUAUAUGCUUGACAGAUACAUGGUGUUCUCAAAUUCUUCUUUCAAGAAUACGGAAGAAGGUGGCUUAGAUAACAUAUCCUCUAUUGAUAUGCUGGAUAAUGUGAUGCUGUACUGGAUAACAGGUUCUAUGACGUCAGCUAUGAGACUGUAUAAAGAGAGCUUUGCAAGUGAAACGGAAUUGAUUUUAGCAAGAAUCCCAACUCCUGUACCUACUUGGGCUCUCAGGUUAAAAUAUGAAUUAUACUAUCAACCGGAUUGGUUACUUAAAUUUAAAUAUCCUACAUUACUUGGUACCACCUCUUUAAAUGAUGGUGGACAUUUCGCUGCUCUAGAGAAACCUAAAGAAUUAGCAGCUGAUGUUUUCAAAGCUGUGAAAAGUUUUCUAGAUUAUAGAAAGAAAUAAAAAUUGUG